AUGUCCCUCCCCGACUGGAAAACAGACCUCAUCUCCCUAACCCUAACCUCCUCAAUCCUAACCUUCGGAACCUUCACCCUCAAAUCCAAGCGCCAAAGCCCCUACUUCGUAAACUGCGGCCUCUUCUCCAAAGCCCGCUCCAUCCGCGCAAUUYCCUCCGCCUACGCCCGCACUUUACACGACUACUCUCUAACAAACCCCUCCUUUGAAUUCGACGUCCUAUUCGGUCCCGCCUACAAAGGAAUCCCCCUCUGCGCCACAACAGCCGAGAAGCUCGCGGGAAUCGACGAGCAGAAAUGGGGCGAGGUCGGGUAUUCGUAUAAUCGAAAGGAAGUCAAGGAUCAUGGGGAAGGAGGACUCAUGGUGGGAGAAAGUAUGAAAGGGAAAAAAGUCGUCAUCAUUGAUGAUGUUAUCACCGCUGGUACGGCGAUUCGGGAAGCGAUUGAUAUUAUUGCUGCGCAAGGGGGGGAAUUGGUGGGGAUUAUUGUUGCGAUUGAUAGGCAGGAGAAAUUGCCUUCGCAAGCGGAGAAAGAGGGGAAAGGGGAUGAUGGUUUGCCUAGAGGAAGUGCUAUUGGGGAGGUUGUGAGGGAGACUGGGGUCCCUGUGCUGGCGGUGCUGACUUUGGGGGAUAUGAUUGAGGGGAUGAAGAAGUUGGGACGGACGGAGGAGGUUAAGAGGAUGGAGGAGUAUAGGAAGCAGUAUGGUGCUUCGGAUUGA